AGAAGAGACAAGUAAUCGAAAGAAUAAUUAUUAGCAGGCUUUUUAAAAUUUUUAUCUGCUAGCUAUGUGCUACUAUUGUCUAAGGAGCACCUUUCGUAUUUAUAUGAAAGUUUAUUUAUUAUUAAGUGUGGUUAUUAUAUGCAAAGCGGCAGGAAGUAUUAUCAAAAUGCAUACAAGUAGAUGAUUUUUUGUUCCAAUUUGAGGGAUCAUUAAAAAGGAUUUAAAAUUACAAUAAAAAGCUUUCGCUAAGGCAUUAAGAUAAAUGAGUUGAUAUGUGCGUUGUACUGCCAAUCAAGUAAUUUUUGAUGCUUCUAAAGCGAUCACAGAAAUAAAUUCUGGCAUUCAUAGAUAAGUGAAAAAGCUAAAGAUAACUAUCCUUUUACAUGUAAUCUUAUGCUUCGUUUCUGAAAACAAUUAGCAUUCUUCAUGAUACAAUGAAGUGAUGUUCCUUUUUAAAGGUUGUACAAAAAACUUGCAAAGAAUACUUAUUUGCACUUGUAAUGCUUGUGAUAUAUAUUAAGAAAUUAGAUCUAAGAUAACUCUAUCGAUAAUGAAAUUCUUAAAUGUAAUAUAAUUACAUAAGAUGUGAAACGAAUUAGCACAAAGAAUAUGGUGCUCUACUUAAUCCGCUAUAUAAAGCAAAUGUAAUAAAAGAAAGAUAAACUAUAUAUGUUUCGAACACUUGGUCUAAGAAGACUGUGAAAAUUGACCACACAAAUUGCUUAAGAGAAGUGCAUGCAUGUAUAUAAAUGUACUUAUUAAUAGAUAUAACAGAUAUGGUAUUAUUUAAUGUAAUUUAUACUCAAAGAUUAUGCAAUGAGAUUAUAUUCAUAAUAUGAUCUUAAUGAGUAAAAGUGUGAUUAAACAAAAGUAUAUGAAAACUAUAUAGACGAAAAGAUUUUUAAGAUUUUAGUCAACAAAACGUUGAGCACAUAAUUUUUUCAAGAUAAGUCACAAAUUUAUGAGAUGCAAAUAAAUAUUUGUAUUAUAUGGAUUUUAAUAAAAGAUAAAAUGAAACAUUAGUAAAUAAUUAAGUAUGAAACAAAAUUCGUAUAGUAACAAUUCUUAGGGGUCAUGCCCCCUGGGGCAAAAGGGGGAGCAGAGGGCUUGGGCCCUUCCUGUUCUGAAAUUCACAAUAAUCAAGAACACGCUAUUGCAAAAUUUACACCUCCCUUUACAUUUGCCCAACAAUGCUACAGGCACCUUAAGAGUUCUGGGGUAGGAGAGGCAAGCGUAUAUCAUGCAUUGGUUGUAAUAUUUUUGGAAUUUUUUGCAUGGGGUUUAUUAACCAUGCCUAUUAUUUCUGUAUUAAAUGAAACAUUUCCGGAUCACACGUUCCUCAUGAAUGGUUUAAUAAUGGGCAUCAAAGGGAUUUUAUCUUUCCUUUCGGCGCCAUUAAUUGGUGCUUUAUCAGAUGUGUGGGGUCGAAAAUUUUUCUUACUUAUCACAGUGGCCUUCACUUGUGCACCAAUUCCACUAAUGAGUAUAAACACAUGGUGGUUUUUUGCUAUGAUUUCCAUAAGUGGUGUUUUUGCUUGUACUUUUUCUGUAGUAUUCGCAUAUGUUGCCGAUGUUACAGAAGAAAAUCAAAGAUCAUUGGCAUAUGGUUUAGUUUCUGCAACUUUUGCUGCUAGCAUGGUAAUCAGUCCAGCUUUAGGAGCUUAUACCAUGACAAAAUAUGGAGAAAAUUUAGCAGUUGCAUUAGCAACAGCAAUUGCAGUCUUAGAUGUUUUUUUCAUAUUAGUAGCUGUACCUGAAAGUUUACCUGAAAAAGCAAGACCACCAGCACCCAUAUCAUGGGAGCAAGCUGAUCCUUUUGCAGCUCUAGGAAAGGUUGGAAAAGAUCAUACAAUUUUGAUGCUGUGCGUCACUGUGUUCCUGAGUUAUCUUCCUGAGGCAGGUCAAUAUAGUUGUAUUUUUGUCUACUUAAAAUUGGCUAUGGGAUUUUCUGCUGCUAUGGUAGCAUGGUUUAUUGCUGUCGUUGGAAUAUUAAGCGUAGGGGCUCAAAUAAUAUUAGGACCUUUAAUGAGAACCCUUGGUAGUAAACACACUAUAAUGUUGGGUCUCUUGUUUGAGAUGUUACAACUCAUGUGGUAUGGCUUCGGUUCACAAACAUGGAUGAUGUGGGCAGCAGGAGCUCUAGCAUCUGUAUCAAGUAUCACAUAUCCUGCAAUUUCUGCAUUUGUAUCAAUGCAUUCGGAUGCUGAUAAACAGGGUUUGGUACAAGGAAUGGUGACUGGAAUGCGUGGUCUCUGUAAUGGUCUGGGACCUGCAAUGUUUGGUGUAAUCUUCUAUCUUUUUCAUGUUGAUCUCAAUGAUGACUCACCCUCCCUUCCUUUGAAACCAUCUCUUUUGGAUGAGAAUAAUAGAACGGGAACUGCCACACAACAUCUUGAUAUUAUGCCUCAGCUUGUACCAGGUCCACCAUUUGUAUUUGGCGCAUUGCUAGUGAUUUGUGCAUUACUGGUUGCUGCAUUCAUCCCUGAAACUACCACAAUGGCAACUGGAGCAUUACAUCAUCCAUCCACCUCCCGGAGGCCCUCCGGUAAAUACGCAUAUCAGAAAUGUUUGUCCUUGGACGUUCAUUAUGAGCCAGAUAGGAUGGGAAGUGGAAGAGGAAAGGUAGGACCACUAUCACCACUAGUCGACAAUUGCAACUCUGCUGCACUAUAGCUACUGAUGAAUUCAAAGACAGUUACUGUUCAUGGGCAAGAUAUAUAUUCUCACAAAAUGAUGAAACAUUAAUCAGUGAAGUGGUCACCGGUGUAAAGUGCACCAACUUCAAAGAGAUUGUAAUAGAUUUGUCUAUAAUGUAUUAUACUAUUUCUUUAAGUCAAUAACUAAGCUUGAUUUUAGGACUAUCAAUCAACUUAAUAUUUAGGUUGUAAUUUCCACAAGCAGUGCUUGUGUGAUAAAGAAAGGGUUCUUUAAAACAGAUGCAGCCCUAUUUGAAACAGAGUUUUGUUAUAUAUAUAUAUAUAUAUAUAUAUAUAUAUGAAAGAAAAAAGCAAUCAAGUUGCUCUGUUCUUUUUUAAAAAUUCUUGAAUCAAAUUAUAUUAUAUUAGAGAUCAGCAAUUUCGAGACAACAAUCAGUAAUUACUAGUUUGCGUAGCUUGCCAAUAGCAAUACAGCACAAAAUGGCAAGACAAAUGACAGUAUUUUUAAUAGACUUCUAACUUGUGUCAUAUUCUUUAUUUAAAUACCCUUUUAUUGAUUUAAUAGCAAAUACAAAAAUAUGCAAAUUUAAUUUUUAUUAGCCGAACUAUAUGAUAAUACAUUUUGCCGAUAAUACAUUACAUUGUAAUGUGUAAGAAAACAUCCAUAAAUUAUGCAAAAGCAUUAGGAUGAAAA